ACUCACCCUCCACCAAGCAGGGUCUGGACAGAAAUUUUGAGCAAGUGGCAGUGCCAUUUGGGGUGGCUGCACAGAGUGACUACAUCAAAAACUUGGUAAGCCAGAGUCCUGGAAAUUCAGCUCACUGCACAGAUGGUCUGUCCUCUGGUGAUGCGGGAAGUGCCUUCAAGGAGAGAGGCGUGACAGUCAGUCGGGGCUGCAUGGAUUUGGACAUCUGCACCAGAGAGAACCUGGCACACGUGAGAGACUGUAAAACAGGUUCCAGUGGAAUGCCCGUGAGACUGGUUACAAACCUCUUUACUUUGGACGUGCCCCAGGACUGGCAGCUGUACCAAUACCACGUGACGUAUGUUCCAGAUUUAGCAUCUAGAAGGCUGAGGAUCGCUUUGCUGUAUAGUCAUAGUGAACUUGCCGACAAAGCAAAAGCAUUUGACGGUGCCAUUCUUUUUCUCUCACAGAAGCUAGAAGAAAAGGUCACAGAGCUGUCCAGCGAAACGCGAAGAGGCGAGACCGUGAAGAUGACGAUCACGCUGACGAGGGAGCUGCCCCCGAGUUCUCCCGUGUGCAUCCAGGUCCUCAACAUCAUCUUCAAGAAGGUCUUAAAAAAGCUGUCCAUGUACCAAAUCGGACGGAACUUCUACAAUCCUUCAGAGCCAGUGGAAAUUCCCCAGCACAAGUUGUCCCUCUGGCCUGGGUUUGCUGUUUCCGUGUCCCACUUCGAAAGCAGGCUGCUGCUGAGUGCGGAUGUGAGCCACAAGCUGCUCCGGAGCGAGACGGUUCUGGAGUUCAUGACCGCCCUCUGCCAUGAGGCCGGUGCGUCCUGCUUCACCCAGGAGUGUGAGAAGCAGCUGGUCGGGCUGGUCGUCCUCACGAGAUACAAUAACAGAACCUAUCGCAUUGAUGACAUCGAUUGGUCCGUGAAGCCCACACACACCUUCCAGAAGCGCGAUGGCACCGAGGUCACCUACGUGGAUUACUACAAGCAGCAGUAUGACAUCUCUCUCUCUGACCUGAGUCAGCCCGUGCUCGUCAGUCUGUUGAAGAGGAGGCGCAGUGACAACGCCGAGCCACGGCUGGUUCACCUGAUGCCCGAGCUCGCCUUCCUGACAGGGCUGACUGACCAGGCGGCCUCCGAUUUCCACCUGAUGAGGGCUGUGACUGGAGAAACGCGGCUCAACCCUUUGGGCCGGCAGCAGCGCCUGGCCAGGCUUGCGGACAACAUCCAGAGAAACAAGGAUGCUCGCUUCGAGCUGGAGACGUGGGGACUGCGCUUUGGAAGCCAGAUGUCUCUGACCGGCCGGGUGGCGCCUCCGGAAAAGCUAUUAAUGGAAGGCCAAACGUGUCAACCUAUGUCUGCUGCUGACUGGUCCAAGGAUAUUCGAACUUGCAAGAUUUUAAGUGCACAGUCUUUGAAUACGUGGUUGCUCAUAUGUAGUAACAGAACGGAAAAUGUGACCGAGAGCUUUCUGAGCUGCUUGAGAAGAGUUGGCAGUACCAUGGGAUUUAAUGUGAACUACCCUAAAAUCAUGAAGGUACAAGAAAGCCCAGCUGCCUUUGUUAGAACGAUACAGCAACUUAUGAACCCUGAUGUUCAACUGGUGAUGUGCGUUCUGCCUUCCAAUCAGAAGAACUACUACGAUUCCAUCAAGAAGUACUUGAGCUGGGACUGCCCCGUCCCGAGCCAGUGUGUGCUUGCCCGCACCUUGCACAAGCAGGGCAUGAUGAUGAGCCUGGCCACCAGGGUCGCCCAGCAGGUGGCCUGCAAGCUGGGAGGCGAGCUGUGGGCGGUGGAGAUUCCGUUGAAGUCCCUGAUGGUGGUUGGCAUCGACGUGUGUAAAGACGCGCUCAGCAAGGAAGUGAUGGUGGUUGGAUUUGUGGCCAGUGUCAACCCCGGAGUCACCAGAUGGUUUUCCCGCUGUAUCCUCCAGAGAACGACAGCCGAUGUUGCGGAUUGCUUAAAAGUGUUCAUGAGUGGAGCCCUCAACAAGUGGUACCAGCUCAAUCACGACUUACCCGCCCGGAUCAUCGUGUACCGCGACGGGGUGGGGGACGGUCAGCUGAAAGCACUUGUGGAGUAUGAAGUCCCACAGCUGCUGAGCAGCGUGACACAAUCCGGCUCGAAGACCAGCCCCAGGCUGUCAGUGGUGGUCGUCAAGAAGCGCUGCGUCCCCCGGUUCUUCUUGGAGUCCAGCCGCUCUGUGCAGAACCCGCCGCUGGGCACCAUCGUGGACUCGGAGGCGACGCGCCCCCAAUGGUACGACUUCUACCUGAUCAGCCAGGCGGCCUGCCGGGGCACCGUGAGUCCCACCCACUACAACGUGGUCUACGACGGCAACGGCCUGAAGCCCGACCACAUGCAGAGACUCACGUUCAAGCUGUGCCACCUGUACUACAACUGGCCG